CAUCUUUAUCGACUCUUCUCCAAAUUUCUCAUUUUAGCUUCUUGAGUUCUCAUGCAAAAAAAGAAGAGAUGAUGGAAAUUCCCCGAGUGAUGAAGCCUAUGUUAAUGCUUGCUGUAGGAUUCAUAUGUAUCUCUGAAGAUAAUGCUCCAAAGAGUCAAAUGGUGUAUUUCCCAUAGUUAACUUCGAAUUUUGUUCUAGUCCUCUCUGUGGAGUAAUAUAUGAGUCAAUCUUUGAUUUCCUUGAGAAGAUGGAAAACAAUGUUACCAAUGUCGUAAUAAGGUGUACAUUUUUUAUAACACAUUAUGUUGGAUCUUGCACCUUUAAAAUGGACUUAAGCUUCCAUUUGACCUCCUUCAGGUUUGCUUCCAGUUUUUAUCACUAUUUAGAUCCAGAACUGCAGUUACACUUUUGCUUUAUUGCCAAAAGAGUUGCUUUAUUUAAUAUUACAAAUAUACUCCAGUAACUACUUUAUUUAUUUAUUUUUUAUCUGAUGGACCUUAAAUCUCCUAAAACGCUGCUGCAUAUGGUCUAUGAUAUUGUCACAUGGUGAAUCUGUUAUUUCUUCAAAUCAAUUGCAGCAUAGUCAUUUCCCCUUCAACCGCAAUCCAAGAGCACCGGUAACUCUUGGAACUUGGAAUAUCAAGAACCAUCCUUUUUCUAAGAUCAGAUCGGCUUUAAAUGAACUGACAUCAGAUGUUGUCAGUGGUAGCAAUGGCACAGCUGGAUCUGCUUUAAAUGAACUGACAUCAGAUGUUCAUGGUAGCAAUGGGACAUCUGUAUCUUCUAGGUUUCUUAUAGAGAGAGUGUUUACCAAAACCCGACAACUGGAAGAGAUGCUGAGUAAGAAUUCUAGUAUUUCGAAGGAUGAUGAGAUAAGCAUGAAUCUUGGACUCUUGGAAGCAGACCUUCAAGCGGCACUGUCCGCUUUGAGGAAGAAGGAAGAAGACCUUCAAGAUGCUGAGAGGAGGAUUUUGGCUGAGCAAGCUGAACUACAUCAAAUAAAGCAGGACCUGGAUCGACGAGAGCCAGAAAUAGCUGCUGUGCUUUCCAAGCAGAACCAAAUGGAGGAAAAUCUAGAGAAGGCUAAUAGCAGCCUAGCUUCUCAAUCCAGGAAUAUUAGAGAUAUGAAGCUUUUGGUCAAAGAUCAAAGUGAGAAUAUUGUUUCAUUGCAAUCUUCCCUUUCUCUAAAAGAAGAUGAAAUGGGCAAACUCAGAGAGGAGCUUAGGAAGAAAGAUGAGGAGGCGAAGCUCAUGAAGUCAGAGGUCGAAUCAAAGAAACAGCUCUUAGAUGAAGCCUCAGAGAUCAUCACAAAGCAAGAAGAAAAACUAAAGGAACUUCAAGAGGAGGUCCGAGAGAAAGAACAUCAUCUGAGUGAGUCUCUUCAACUGAUAGAAAUGGAAAGGGAGAGGCUAAAGAUUACGGAGGAAGACUUGAAAAAGCAGACAGUGGAGUGGCUCUCAGCACAAGAGGAGUUGAAGGAAUUAGCAGCGCAAGCAUCUAAGCAAAUGAAUGCAGCGAAGGAGACUAGUGAGGACUUUCAAAGAGUGAGAGCACUUUUAUCUGACUUACAAUCUGAACUGAUCUUAUCCCAGAAAGCGUUUUCUUCUUCCCAGAAGAAAAUGGAGGACCGGGCCCUCUUGCUUGAAAAAGAAGUGGCAGAACUCCACGACCAGAAACAUCUACUGUUGUCAUACAUGAAUAAUUUGAAGGAUGCUGAACUGGAAGUCGAGAGCGAGAGAGUAAAGCUGAGAGCUGCAGAAGCAGAGUUCGAUGAAUUCAAAUCACAGCUGGCUGAUGCUGGAGAAUUGAUCAUACAUUUGAAAGAGGAGGUACAUAGAGAGAGAACCGCUUUGGAACAACAAACACAAGAAAUAAUCACUCUUCGAAGGGAACUCCAAGAGAAAGAGCUAGACUACAAUGGUGCCCUUAAUCUCCUCCAAGUGAAGGAAUCUGAAUUGACGGAAGCCAGGCUUACAAUCGAAGAAAUGAAAUCUGAGGAAGCUUCUAUCCAGCUCAUCUUACAAGAAAAAGAUGUUGAACUUCUAAAGGCCCAGAAGGCAUUGACCGAAGUUCACAAUGAAAUUGCAGAUCUACAAAAAGUAAUGAACAACAAAGAAGAGCAACUCAGUGAAGCGACCAAUAGACUAAGGGACAAGGAGGAGCAUAUAUUUACGAUGCAACAUGAGUUGGAUGACACAAAGAUCAAGUUCUCUGAAGCAAUCUCUUUAAUUGAGCAAAUAGCCCAACUGUCAAACAAGCUUUUAGUGUCAGAUAAGAAUGAAGACAUUUGCAGAGGUGAAAUGUUACCAGAGAUGAAACAGAAACAGCUGGAGGCUGAACUGAAUAAGGUGAAAGAAUUACUAAGAGAGAAGGAAACAGACUUGCUCGCCGUGCAAAGAACUCUGUCAGCCAAAGAAGAGGAACUCAAUGCUUUGGGUAAAAAGUGGGAAACGAGGGAAAAAGAAUUGGAGAAGAUGAAGGAAGAAUCACAUGAAGAUGUUGAUGGCCUUAAAAAUCUCUAUAGCCUUGUCCAAAAGAGGAUUGGGGAUACUACUGUUAGAGACUUAGCAACUGAAAUGCUUCAGAGAGAGGCUGCUCUAUUGGAAGCUGAAGCUGCAACCAGUGCUCUGCAGAGAAUUCAUGAAUUGACAAGACAACUUGUAGAAGGGUCUAAUUUGAGCAAAAGUUUGGAUUUCAACAAUAGUGGUUUGGUUUUGGAUACAGAGCUUGAGGGUGUUGAGGUGGCUGAGAAAGAGAUUGCGCGGCUGUUGGAUUUGACAGAUAAACUUGUGAAGGAGGCCGGCAUAACCGCCACUACCUAUUUAGUUUCCUAAAUCGGACAAAAUUUUCAGUACCGAUAGCUAUUCAUCCUCAGUUCUAUUUCAAUACUUGAAUUGUGAAUACAACGGUCCUUCAUUUAUCCGAGCAUUCAGCAGGGGUAUCAGACAUCAGUUCUUUUGGCUCAGGUGUACACUUGAUCUUGUACUUUUGUUACUAAACUUGCAAAAAGAGGAAAGAAUGUUAUGUACAGGAAUCAAAAAAGUUUGGAGAGAAGCAAGUUGGUUAGAGAUAUUAGACAAAUAAAUGUUUGGGAUCGCCCAAUAGAGAUGCUUACUUCUACAAAACUAUCAUUACACGGCAAUCGGAGGUUGGUUCAUGUCGCAAUCAGCAUCUCGUUGUCUCUGACAAUUGACGAGGCCCCAAACUGUUGAAACAAACGAGAACAAAUCACGGUUGCCUUUUUUUAUAUAUAUACUUUAUUAGAGAAGUUCACGCAGUUAGGUUGGAUUUGCCACAGUUUACACGGAACGAUUGUGCUCUUCACACUUGCGCUAAGGGUUUCGAUUUUGUCUUUCUUUUGUGAUUUGAUUUGAUUUUUCACAUGUAACCUUAUGUGUGAUGCACUUAGUUGGUAACUUUGUUUCAUAAAUUUCUUCUC